UAUUUGAGAAAUUGUAUGGUUAAAGCUAAAGAAGGAUUAAAGCAUUUCUUGGGAGCUAAUAUGGCAAUGUCCAUGUAUCUUUACAGGGUUUUCGUUCCCCUUUUGCUGGUUUUAAUCCAUUGUAAGGUUACUGUGGAACAGGAAACGCAAGGCCCUCUUGGCAAAAUCUGUUCAGACACUUCGAAAUAUAAUGAAAAUUUACCAAUGCCUCCUCUUGCCAAAGAAGAUGAGGAUUUCAUCAAUGCUCUGCUUGGUUGUUCUAAGGAAAUAUCGGGAAUGUUGCCCGAAAGUUGUCUUGUUCGGGAAAAAGAUGUUAUUUGCGAUUGUUAUCUUGAGGACCACACAAGAUGUCGAGUGGAACAAAUUGAUUUCUCUUUUAGACGAUUAGAAGGAGAGAUCCCUGAGAAGAUUGGAGGCCUUCAAUAUUUAAGAAGCCCUGCAUUAUAUUUCGAGGCAGGAGAAUUUUUAUCACUAACACCAUGGGAAAUGUGGAAUGCAUCCCAAGAAAUAUACAUAAGUGGAAAAGCAUUGCAAAAAUUGGUGCAAUGUUCUUAAAGAUGCUAAUCUCCUUGUUGCAUAUCAAAUGCACUAGAUUUAUACAUUCUAUGAUCAGAAGCAAAUAAACAAGAAAUCAGCACUCUAUGCUGAUUUUGUGUUUUGCAUCCUUAAUUGAAUAAUAGCAGGGGAGCUCAUGGCUAAAAAGUUAAUGUCUUAAGUACUGAUAUAAAAAGCGAUCUUAUCUCCGGCCGGGGCCACGCGUUCCACCUUGUCCUGGUAUAGUAGUACUAACCAUUAAAUAAGAGGUAAUCAGAGUCUAAAAGGAUCUCAAUAUAUUAUAAAAUCUAGGACUAAACUACAUCAUAUCCAAGAUUCGACAAUGCAAUAUCCUUUAUGGAUCUCUCAUCU